AUGAACUCGUACACGUCUCCGAACAUUGUAGAAAAUGGUACGAGAGAUCUGCAAUAUAACCUGCUUUUUAGUUGUCUGGUAUCACUUGGAGUAAAUUGGAAUAACAUCCAUCACCGAAACAGUGGUCCUGCUUACGAUGAAUUAAAUUUUCAAUGGAACUCACUAAACGGGUAUGUGGAACCGUUGGCAUACUUAGUGGCCUAUCAUGUAUCUGACGUUCAAAAGGCUGUUACUUGCUGUGGUUUAAUAAAAGUUCGUAUAGUGGCUCGGAGUGGUGGACACUCGUACAUAAAGAACGGAUUUGGUGAUUCACGAUCGUUGAUAGUCGAUCUAGCCAAAAUGAAUCAUAUUUCGGUCGAUCCGAAGCAGAUGACAAGUGAAAUCGGUGCAGGUGCUAAGGUUGCUCUGGUGUCUUAUACGUUGUGGAAAAAUGGAAAAUUCUUAAUUCCUGGUGGUAUCUGUCCAAUCGUAGGAAUUGCUGGAUUGACACUGGGUGGAGGAUACGGUCGUUUUACAACAGUAUUUGGAUUAACCUCGGAUAGUGUAGUUGAAAUGGAGAUGGUUGAUGCUAGAGGACAGUUACUAGUUAUUAAUAAUUCCACAAACAGUGACCUAUUCUGGGCCCUUCGUGGUGGAGGAGGAGGAAAUUUCGGUAUAGUUACAAAGUUCAAGUUUAAAAUAUACAAAGCACCGCGCUCUGUCGUUUACGUUCGAAAUGAAUUCAGUUUUGAGAACUUUUCCCAAUUUUAUAGGGCAUGGCAAACGUUAAUGAAUUUUGGUGUACCACGACAUUUUUCUCUUGAUUUUAAAAUAUUUGACAGUCACAUUCUAAUGGAGGUAUUUGGGUUCAAUUUCCAAUACCAGAACGAAAUAAUGGAAAGCGUAACAAAUUUCCUUAGUUCAUUUUCGUUUCCAAAUGCGACUUCAAGUUCAAGUAAAGUUAUGUCGUAUGAAGAAUUCAUGGUAGCGGACGCAACCGCAUUUUCUUCUGUAAUGAUACAAACUGUAUCACAAUUGGAGAAUAUGACGAAGUAUGAUGCAGUCGUUGAGUGGAAAAAAGUGAAGUCGAUGUUUGUUGAUCAGAUUCUAAAUGAAAGCCAGAUCUAUGCGCUAAAAGAUCUAUUCAGUGAAUAUUUGCCAUAUCUUGAUCUAACUGCUGAACCUAAUAACGCUGCAGUAAACUCAAUAUUACCAUCAGACAGUGCAUUCGUUCAUCGAGGAACGAAUUUAUUUGAUCUUCAAUUUCGCGCAUCUAGUGUGCCUCCCAAACAACCUGACUUUCAAGCCGAUCGAGCAAUACGAAUGCUUUUUGAGAAAAGUAAAUCUGUUUUUCAUCACCGAGAAUCCUAUCAAAAUUACAUGGAUCAAGACCUUACCGAUUAUUUGGUACGAUAUUAUGGUUCGAAUUUAGACAGGCUUGUCAGCAUAAAAAGUCGAUAUGAUCCGGGAAAUAUGUUCCAUCAUCCACAGUCAAUUCCAGUCAAUAUGGAUCUAUCGGGAAAAUAA